AUGACUCUUUUCGAUGGCGUCUACCCCUUCUACCCGCAGCAGAGGAAGGCUGCCGUGUUUGACAUCAGCACCAUCAUAGUCACCGUGGUGUUCCUGACGCUGGCUUGCAGCUUCCUGCUCAUCACCCCGGGCAUCCGCGGCCGGGCGAGGCUGUACUGGACUCUCCGUGUUCUCCUCAGCCUCUUCGUGGGAGUGGUGAUCGUCGUUGUCCAGUUCACAGGGGACUGGCAGAGUGGCUGGGUGCAGGCAAACACCUCCUACAAGUCCUUCAGCCCCGUGCAGGUGAGCGCUGACAUCGGGCUGCACAUCGGCCUGGCCGGCGUCAACGUCACGCUCAGGGGAAACCCAGUGGAGCAGAUCAACGAGACCAUCAACUACAACGAGCACUUUCCCUGGAGCUUUGGGGCAGAUUAUGACCACAGCUACAGCCAGGGGCUGCAGAAGGGGCUGCCCAGCCCCAUCCUGUACGUGGCAGAGAAGUUCAGCUCGCAGAGCCCCUGUGGGGUGCACAGGCAGUACCGCAUCGCCGGGCACUACGCCUCAGCCAUGCUCUGGGUCGCCUUUUGCACGUGGGUCAUCUCCAACAUCCUCCUCUCCAUGCCUGCCCUGGUUUAUGGAGGAUACAUGCUCCUGGCCACAGGGGCCUUCAUGAUCUUCUCUCUGCUCUCCUUCUCCACCGUGAGGAACUCCCCAAUGUGCCUGAUCCAGAUUGGGACCAGCACCCUGCACGUGGCCUAUGGGGGAUCCUUCUGGCUCAUGCUGGCAAUUGGCCUGCUCUGUUUCGUGGCUGGGAUCACCAUCGUGGCCAUGCACCACCUCAAUCUGGACCUGCUGAAAACUUUCUUUGAUCUCCGUGAGGACAAAGCAGAGGAGGACCAGGAAAUGCCUGAGGUGUUCAUCAACCCUCACUUUGUGAGCAAGAGCCUGUGUCCUUCUGAGCCCACUGAAAUCAACAGUGUCUAG